AUGCUUGUUGCUGGUAGCGGUGGGGCUUAUGACUACACUCUAUCGGUUGCCUCCAUGCGCGAUGGGUGUGCGGUAGUGCUGGGCAUCACCACGAAAAUUAUUCUUGCGACAAGCAGCGAGGCGGGGGAGGAGGUGCUCCGUGUGAACGAUGGGCAGGUUGUACGCGGCGUCGCCUUGUUGCGUGCCCCAAACGGUGCUAUUUGUGUUGUCGCUGGAGGUGACGGCAAACGCAUCAAUAUGUACCGCGCAAACCCGAUGAAGACAUUUUUAGCGCCAGAUGCCCGUGCGAACGACGUUGGAGCCGGCGAGAUGAAAUUAUUGUUUUCCUUUGGUCCCCACACGAAACGCAUUACCCAUAUUGUUACCUGCGAUGACAACUCCAUCCUUUUUGCAGAUAAAUUUGGAGAAGUGUUCCGUCUUGUUCUUGUGUGGGGAGUAAAUGACUCGCUGACAAUGGCGCAAGGUGACGCAGCAGCACCCAUCUUUCUGUUGCAGCACUUUAGUGUGAUGAGCGCCCUAUUUCUGUCUGCGCCGAUCCGUCAGAGAACGCCUGAAAUGAAAGAAACAAGAAGACUUUUUACAUGCGACAAGGACUGCCAUGUUAGGGUCAGCUGUUACCCAGAAACAUUUCGAAUUGAACAGUUUCUGUGGACGGAGUCACCACAGUCCGUGGUAACCUCCAUUGCGGAGGUCCCCGAUUCUUCGGAAAAGAGGGGGUAUUCCUACUUUGUGACUGGAAGUUAUGAAGGAAAGGUGCAUUUGUGGGCUGCGGAUAAUAAUUUGAUAAAUGUUUUGCCCACGGAGCCAUUUACCCUUGUUGGAUCCAUUUGUGCACAGGAACAAGCUGAUAUGGAUGAAGAAGGAGCAGCUGCUGUUGUAUCGGUAGUGUAUGUCACAUCAUCAUCGUCACACGGUGGAAUUGACAGGCACGCGGCGAGGGGCUUUUUACAUGGAGUUCUUAUUGCUUAUGCGAACGCAAAAGAUGUGGUGUUUGUUCCACUCAUGGAGAGUGUUGAUGACCAUAGACUUUUAUUUGCUUUAGAGGGUAUCACUCGGACGCGCUUGGAUUCGUCUCCGCUUGCAAUGGUGGGGUUGGCUACCAACUCCGCCCUUUUACUGGGGCGUAAUGGCCGCGUACAUGUUCUGCAAAUUGAAGGUGAGGCGGGGGAGGCGGCGCCUGUUUGUCUUGUGGAGUCGCGACAAGUGGCAAUUGAGACGGCUAUCGGGGAGCUUGAGAGGGAAAAUGGGAGCAACUUGUUUGAAAAAAUGGAUAUCUUUUCGCAGUGGCACUACGACGCCGUCGAUCCCCGCACACGCAAGACCGUAGGGACGAGGACUGACUCCGAGGAGGAUGAAGAUGAAAAAAACGACGAUGACAACAAAGACGGCGGCGAGGAUGUGACGCAUAACACCGCAGUGGAGGAAAAACUGAUCGGCAAUAAGAGGAAGCGCACGGAGUGUAGAAGUGAUGCGUAA